AUGGAAGCUCAAGAGUUUUUCCAAACCAGCUUUUCCGACAAUAAUUUGACAACAACCAACGUAAGCACUGCCGCUGGUGGUGCUGGUUCUGAACACUUCAUUGUUGAAGAUCUGUUUGAUUUCUCUAAUGAUGAUGAUGAUGCCAUUGGUGACCCUGCUUUUGAUUCUCCUCCUACCAUCUCUGAUAAUUCUCCUCCACCUCUUGAAACUAACGGCAAUUCCAAUUUUUUUAUGGAUAAUUCUUGCCAGAAUUCCGUCGACGGCCCUUUCUCCGGCGAACUCUCCGUCCCGUAUGAUGAUCUUGCGGAGCUAGAAUGGUUAUCUAAAUUUGGUGAAGAAUCAUUCUCAAGUGAAGACCUAGAGAAGCUUGAAUUAAUAUCCGGCAUGAAAGCAUCAAACGACGCCGUAUCGAAAACACACGAAGAACCCAAUCCAAUACUAAAUCCUCCUCAAAUGUCCAUUCAAAAAGCCCGCAGUAAACUACCUCGUGGACCUCCAUGCAACUGGACUUCUCGUCUUCUAGUUCUCUCUCCACCCACCACCGCCACUGCAUCUUCUCACUCCGACGUUAUAGCUCCAGCAAAGAAACCCUCACCGAGAAAGAGAGACCAUGGCGAUGGUGAGGGUCGCAAAUGUCUUCACUGCGCCACUGAUAGAACACCUCAGUGGCGCACUGGACCACUAGGUCCAAAAACACUCUGCAACGCCUGUGGUGUCAGGUACAAGUCAGGUCGACUCGUACCUGAAUACAGGCCCGCAGCAAGCCCAACAUUUGUCAUGACAAAACACUCCAACUCGCACCGGAAGGUGCAAGAGCUCCGACGCCAGAAGGAGAUGAUGAAGGUCCAUCAACACCAAAUGCUGCAACUACAAGCCCAACAUCAUCACAACAUUAUGUUCGAUGGAACAUCCAACGGUGACGAUUACUUGAUCCAUCAACACGUGGGACCCGAUUUCACACACCUCAUGUAG